UGGCAAACGAGAUGAAACACUCCCUCACGUUCCGCUUUAUUCUUAACUGAAAUGUACCGAGAGUUAUUUAUUCAGCGUCACGUCAAGUCUGAUUUUUUUCGUCGGCACUAACUCACUUAUCGUCACUUGUGAGAGUCGUGUGUUGGUUUAUUUAGGUACUCGAGAUAAAAUAUACAAUUAUCCAACAAAGAUGGGGCGAAAUCUUUACAUGGUCCCCGCUAGUCCUCCUGUCAGAGCUGUCAAUAUGUGUGCUAAAGCCAUAGGGUUGGACCUGAAUCCCAUAAAAGUCGGUUUGUUAUCGGGAGAACAAUUCAAACCGGAAUAUCUGAAGAUUAAUCCUCAACAUACAGUUCCACUUCUUGAUGAUAAUGGUUUCAUUUUGGCCGAUAGUCACGCCAUCAUGUCAUAUCUGGUAUCAAAAUAUGGCAAGGAUAAAUCUCUUUACCCCACUGAUUUACAACAAAGGGCCAUAGUAGACCAUCGAUUGCAUUUUGAUAGUAGCUAUCUUUUCACAAGGGGAUCCCUAAUUAUGAGGAGCCUACUUCUUGACGGCGCCAAGGAAAUUGAUCAAAAACUCCUGGACAGCCUUUCUGAAGCCAUCCAAAUGGCCGAGAAAUUCCUUCAGAAUACCAAGUAUGUGGCCGGCGAUCAGAUGACCAUUGCAGACUACAGUUUCGUGACCAGCAUCACCUCCUGGACACCGUUUGUGCCGCUCACAGAAGAGCAAUUUCCCAAGAUCACGGCUUGGUUGAAGAAAAUGCAGCAGUUGCCAUACUACAGUGAGAACCAAAUUGGGUUGGAUGAGUUCCUGCAGGUUUUGAAAACGAAUGCCAAAGCCAAAAUAAACAUAUAACAUGAACAAUAAAUGCAUCAGCGUAACCACCUAAAGUCUCUAUAUUAUA